AUGUCCUCCAGCAGACAAACGCGCAGUUACUCUGCCUCACAUCGCCUCCGCUGCGUCCGCGCAGGCUGUGCAGCGUGCAUCUGGCCCCGUCAUCGCCGUUUAAGAAGCUCCACCGCGGCGGGCUUGGCUACUGCACUCAUCUCCCCCUUCACCCCGAUCACCUUAGGACACCCUUUCUCCUCCUCCUUCCCUGAUCUGCGCACCACCACCACACCCUCGCCUGUACACCCACCCAUAUCAUGAAGGAAGGACAUCAGCACUUCGGGCAGGGCCACCACGGCGGACCGGCGCCACCCGGGCAGGCGUACUACGCCCCGGGGCACGGCAUGAACAAACACCAUGGCGGGCAGGGGAACUUCCACGGCGGCCCGCCACCACAGCAGUACCAGCCCCAGGGGCAGCCGCAGAUGAUCUACGUUCAGCAGCAGCGACCCUACCAGCGCGAUGACAGCAGUGCGUGUAGUACGUGUUGUGGAUGCUGCGCCGGCUGCCUGGCAGGCUUCCUCUGUUGCCCGUGCUUAUGUUGUUAGACACGACAUGCUUUCGGCACGACUUCCUUCACGACCUGACACUGCCUACCUCUCCCGUUUCGUUGGACAUGCCUUGUAUUACGAUGACCAGGGUAUCUAUGUAUUUAUUGGAUGCGACACCCACCAUGGCCCCAAUGUAUGAUAGCUUGUCGACACACGAUCCCGCUGAACGAUGAAAAAAAGCAGAGAAAAAGGAAAUAUAAGACAAGGUACGUGGGAUACGACUA